AAAGUAGGGUGUAUAAUUCGAUACAUGUAUCCACUUUUAACAUUUUUCUCACUUACCCCCAAUCGCCGUGGGCCGGCACGGAAUAUAUUUCCGGCAGUUGGGGUUCCGUUCGUUGAUACACCAGUGCCUGCAUGAUCGUGCUAAAGUACGUGAUGAACAACAGCCACGCCACCACCUUCGCCUUGAUGGCCAUCGUCACAGGAAAGGUCCAGAAUCGAUACCCUAGAGCCGUUAGAGAAAAGUCAAGUUGAGAAACGGUUCACUUUUUUUAAACUAUUCCACACAAGUGUCCCUCAUUACACAUCUCAUCGUAGUACUGAUCCGAUCGUGCGGUAAGCGCAGUUUCACUAUCAACCUCACUGCCCUGUACCAGUACGGUGCAUAGCCCUAGCAAACUUCCCAGCACCGCAAGUGCUAGUUUCUUCAUCACCCUUCCCGCCAUCCUGUCCGGCACCAAACAAACCCGAUCCGACGGUCAGAUUGUCUCAUAUAUAGUGCACACUACCGCAAAAGAAAUUGAAAGUGUCACUCGUUAAUUAGCACUUUCAAUUAGGAAGGUUCCGAGAGGUGGUGCUGGGGUUUGGUUAUAAAAGACUACUAGCAGCUGUACCGCAUGUUUUGAUCGUCAUUACGUGUCGAAAAUGGGUACCAAAAGGGUGAUCGUUAUGGGGCUGGUUAUCGUCUUGUUGGGUGUGCUGGACGGCGUUCGGAGUUCUCCGGUGUUGGAGGAGUUGAGCGAAAGCUCCAACCAGGAUGUUGUAGCAACUGGAAGACAGCGAGGACCUUUUCAUUCUGCAAUUUACCCAUUCGGAUGGGGCUGGGGCAUUGCAGCGUUUGUGAUCGCGAUCGUGAAGGGUGCCAUCUGGCUCGGCAUCAUCAUGCUCUGGGCGUUCUUCAAAGGCUUCCCGGCCAAGCACGGCUGUGCGCCGAUCAUUCUGCGCGAAUCCGCCCCGUACUACCACGAUCACCAUCACGAUCAUCAUGAGGAAAUUAUUUGGGACAAGCCUCCAUCAUUGCACCACCAUGGUCGUUCGAUCCGUGAAACGGUACGGCCGGGCGAAGAGUCCGAUUUGCUGCUGACCGACAUGAUAACUGAUCUGGCGUUCAGCUUCCUGGGCGUUCAUACCACGGACUGUCGCAAGCGGUUUGUGUGUGAGGUUGAUGUGCGGGCAAAGAGUGACUUCCUGCUGAAGCUUGGUACGCGCAUGCUCGGGGUGGAUAUCUUCCGCAAGUACCGGUCGGCAGAUGAUAUUGCAGCUGGCAGUAUGGAGCAGUGUGCCGAGAUUUAUUCCACGUGCAAGGCACAGGGAAGCUCCAUAACGAUGAACGUGUUGGAGGGACCGAUGCAGGGAUCGAUCGAUGAUUACGAUGAGGCGAUGGCAGGUCAGGAUCAGCAGCAGCACCAGCAGGGGAAUGGAGUCGAAAGCUAAGAGUGUGCUCAAUCCUUAUUAUAUCGUUAUUUAUUCUAGAUUAUAAGAAAUUAUUUAUUCCGUAAGAAUCUGUGU